AUGACGGAAGCACUCUCUUUAAUGUACGGAAUCGAUUUGCCAGCUAGAAGUAUUGUUGGGCUUCCAGCGGAGCAAGAAAGGACUUUAUUUCUUGUUGGUACUCUAUCGUUAAAACAGGACAAUCAGGUUUGUUUGUUGGAAGUCGAUGAUGACUGGCUUCAAAUUACCAAGCGGUCAUUUAAUCAUCCUGCCGGUGAAAUUUGGUUUAUGUCGAGUUCGCCCGUUGAUUCGAACGUCGUUGCCACAUGUUAUGUUUCUUGUAAACUAAUAAAUCUUGGGAACAAAUAUUCAUCUGGCAAGAUCACUUUUUUCGCAUGCUUAUUUUUCAAAUAUUCCAUUCAUAUUCUUCUGGUAAAAAAUAUGUUUUUCGGGGAUGACACAAUACGAAGUGGUGUUGGUUUGUGGAAAAUGAAUGAUGAUGAAUCGAAUCUUGUUGAGCUUGUACAAUAUGCACCCCCUCCUAAAACUGGAAGAUGCAUUUCAGCUGAAUUCCAUCCGAGUGGUAACAAAGUGGCAAUUGCUGUUAAUAAUUCUGUGUUAAUGGCAGAUGUGACCAGCUCACUGAAGAUAGAAAGUUCUACAUCGAUUGAUGGUAAAACACCAAUAAGCGCAUCAGUAUGGAAUCCCCAUUCAAAUGGAAGUAUCUUAGCAGUAGCGUAUGAUACAUUGGUGAAGGGAGUUGAUGUUCGUAGUUUCCAGGAAGCGUUUUGUAUUAAACGUGUAAAUUCACCUCGUGUCAGAAAUUUGGAUUUCAACCCCAAUGUGCAGCACAUUGUAGCAACUUGUGGUGACGAUUUCAGAGUGCUAUUAUGGGAUAUGCGCAAAGUGGAUAUGCCUUUGAAAGUUUUACAAGAUCAUUCGCAUUGGGUGUGGUGUGUCAAGUUCAAUCCCAUUCAUGACCAGUUGUUGUUAUCAGCAGGUAGCGAUGCUAGAUUGUUUCUGAAUAGUUUGGCAUCUCUGAGUUCUGAAUCUAUCCAUUCUCUUGUAUUGGUGCCAGAUGACAGCUACUCUUCACCCGAAAAUGUUUUGGGUGAUGAACGUUUAGAAAAGAUGGAAGAACAUGAGGAGUCGGUAUAUAGUUGUGCAUGGGCUAGUAACGAUCCGUGGGUUUUCGCUUCAGUUUCUUUCGAUGGUAGAGUAAUUGUUUCAAAAGUAAAACGACAUCAUAAAUAUGCCAUAUUGCGGUUAUAG